AUGGAAACACACUGGCUAAAUGUGUUGUCUGUGGUGGUGAUUGAGUCGGACCUGUUCGCUUCCCGGCCCCUGGAGCUGCUGCCACGCCGCAGUGACCACCGAGACUGCGAGGGCCCCAGGUUCAGCCGGCUCCACAGCUCAUGGCAGCAGGGACCCCACCUGGCCAAGACUCCUGCCAGACCGGUGGGACCUGCUGAGCCCAAAUCAUCCAAUCUGCGUGGGAGUCGGCCCUACGGAAAGUCUUUGAUGCCUCCAGUGGCCCGGAUCUCAGUGAAGGCCCCCACAGCUGUCCUGGAGGCGGCCGCUCCCAGCGGCUCUGACAACAGAGCUGUUCAGACAAGAGGAUCCAGGCAUCUCAAGAAGAUGACUGAAGAGUACCCAACCCUUCCCCAGGGAGCAGAAGCCUCCCUGCCGCUGACAGGAAGUGUGUGCUGCGGCAUCCCCAGCAUCCUCCGGAAAAUGUGGGUGAGGCAUAAGAAGGCCGAGUACGUGGGAGCGACCAACAGCGCCUUUGAGGCCGACUAAAGGCGACCUUCCCACGUGCAAAACAAAGGUCACUGCACGGAGGGAGAACGCUGGAUUGGAAUGGAGCCUCAUGAACACAUUUACCUCUGCAAGUACCUGGUACAAACACAUCCUAUCACCCUCCCUCACUACCCAAUCCCCCAGCCUAGGAUGCACAAAAGGAGCUUCCCUCGAAGGUAAAA